AUGAAGCGGCCCCUGAGCCCAGCUGACAGAGAGCCCCCCACCCGUGGAGCUGCCGAGCGCCCCCUGCAGCCCGCAGAGACCCCGGGUGCCAAGCCCGAGCAGAAGCGGCCCUCGUACACGCUGUGCGGUGUGUGCAACGUCCAGCUCAACUCGGCUGCGCAGGCCCAGGUGCACUGUGGGGGGCGCGCGCAUCAGCGGCGGCUGCGGCAGCUGCGCCUGGGCCAGGGGCCCUCGGAGCCAGCAGGCCCAGCCUCCAGCACCCCCAGCCCGCUGCUGGGCCCCCUGCCCCUGCCUGCCUGGCUUCUGCAGCCCUCGCUGGACAUCAAGCACUUGCUGGCCUUCCACCUCCAUGGUGCCGCCCCAUUCAGCCUCUUCCCCAACUUCAGCACGAUGGACCCGGUCCAGAAAGCGGUCAUCAGCCACACAUUCGGAAUCCCCGCCCCACUGAAGAAAAGGCUUUGCAUCUCUUGUAAUAUCUGCCACCUGAGGCUCAACUCGGUGAACCAGGCCGAGGCCCACUACAAAGGCCACAAACACGCCAGGAAGCUCAAGGCUGUGGAAGCCGCCAAGAGCAAGCAGAGGCCGAAGAGACGGGCCUGGGACAGGGCAGCUGUGUCCCCAGCCAAUGGUAGUGAGGACCCUGGAGCGUCGAAAGCCAGAGCAGAGCCUGCAGCCUCCCCCAUUGGCCCUCUACACCAGCCACCACUGACCCCGGAGCCCUCAAUCUGCGAGCCAGGCCAAGCAGACCUGGUGGACAGCACCUCCUCUGCGUCCUGCUGCCCACCCCCCGCCCCAGAGCCGGGCAGGGAGGCUCCAGGGUCUGAGUCUGUGGUGACACCAGCAGCGGUGGAGAGCAGCAGGAGUGGGGAAGGUGGCCAAGAGAAGGGGGGCCUCUACUGUCCCACCUGUAAGGUGACCGUGAACUCCACCUCUCAACUUCAGGCACACAACACAGGGGCCAGGCACCGGUGGAUGGUAGAAGGUCAGCGGGGAGCUCCCCGUAGGGCCCGGGGCCGAGCUGUGUCCCGGAGAAGAGCUGGACAAAAGGCCGGGAGAGUGUCGGGGGUCCAGGGCAGCCGGCAGAGCUCCCAGCCACCUUUCCACUGCGGGCUGUGUCAGCUGCAGGUCAACUCAGAGACCCAGCUCAAGCAGCACAUGAGCAGCCGGAGGCAUAAAGACCGCCUGGCCGGGAAGCCCCCCAAGCACCCCAAACCCCCCAGCCCGCACAGCAUGCUGCAGAAGCAGGCAGCGCUAGCAGUGAGCGUCCUCAAGUCCAAGCUGGCCCUGCAGAAGCAGCUCACCAGGACACUGGCCGCCCACCUGCUGCCUGCUGCCGCCACCUCUGCCAUCUGCACUAUGCCGGGGCCCCUGGCCCUCCGGCCAGCCCCCGCCAGCCUCUUCCCUGCCCCUGUCCUGGGCCCUGCACUGUUCCGAGCUGCUGCGGGAGCCAUGCGCCCCACCCCAGGACCCCUGGUCUUCGCACCCUAUUAGCCCAGCCUGGCCUCCUCCUGCCCCUCCAGGAGCUGCUGCUGGACUGGUUCGGGCAGCUUUUCUGCACCACGGGCUAGGGGCUUAGCUGUCUCCCUCUCCUAGUCCAGAGCCCCUGCAUUCCCAGCCCAUCACAUCCCACCAUCUACGCAAAACCCCAGCCCAGCCCCAAGGUGCUUUCUCCAACCAAAGACCUCAUCCACACUCCCAGCCCGGGGGCCACCGUGACUUCUGCCCUGAAGCCUCACCAGGUUUCCUGGAAGUUAGGGACAGGCUCUCCACCUGGGGUGGGCUCUGGCCCCUCAGGACACAGUGGCUGGGGAGCUUGUCAGGGGACCAUGGAGCAGGAAAGGGGCUCACAGUCCUGUUCAGGCAGUGGGCACUGGGCAGCUGUGGGGCUGUCUGACUUUACUGGAAGUGACCCCCCUGGAGUCCCCAAAGUUCUGGCUCUUGGAAGGGGCACUGUGUUUACCCCAGACCACAGGCUUAACACACAGGUAGCCCUCAUACUUGGGACUCCUACCUGCCUAGACCCUAGUGCCAAGGACAGCUCCUCCCAGCACCCUGUGCAGCUGGGCCGACUCAUCCAGGAGCCCAUGGGCCCUGCCAGGACCCUGUAUUUUUUUCUUUUUUUGGAGAUAUUUCCAGUGGGAAAGUGACAAAGGGGAGGAGGAGGGAAACUUUUUUAUAACAGCAGUUGUGGUUUUAUUGUAUCCAACAAAUUCAUCAAUAAAUGAAUGCUGAGCCAGAGCCUG